AUGCACAUUGUUUUUGUUCUUCUUUUUUGUACUGUAAUUGGUAUAGUAUCUGGAAAGUCAAUAACAAUUACCAAGAAAAAUUCCAGUGCAUCAAUUCACACACUUCCAUUUCCAAAUUCAGUAUUUCAACAUAAAAUUCGUGGUAGAGAAACUAAUGGAACUUUUGUCGUGUUCGAGGCUGCAUAUUUAAAUGAAGGUCCUGGUUAUCACCUUCAUAUGAAAGAUGAUGAAUUAUUUUAUAUUAUUGAUGGCAAUGUUCAAUUCAUAGUGAAUGGUUCUCAAUUUUGUGCAUCAAGUGGUGAUUAUGUUUAUGUUCCACGUUUUGUCUCACAAGGUAUUCGAGUUUAUAAUCCAACUAAUAGUACGAAACCAGUCAAAAUUCAAAUUAUGUUAUUCCCAUCUGGACUCGAUAAUUUUCUUGAUGAAAUAGCUCUUAUCUAUAAUGAAGAUCGAACUAAUUCAACAGCUAUUAAUAUCAUUUCUCAAAAGUAUGGUAUUAUCGAUUUGGAACCAGUUCAAUGGAAAGAUCUUCAUUGUUUCGAAAAAACUUCUACUUAA